GGGGUCGUUGUUUUUGUUGUCAACCCGGAAGCUCCCUUCUUUCAAAAUUGGGCGUGUAGUUUAACGUAAAUGCAAAGAUAGAAUUUGAACUCUUUGGAUAUUUAAGAACGCGUUAUUCUUCUUAGGUACGCGCGCACGUCAACAAAUACCGUCCUCGUUGAAGUUGAGAAAAUAGUCUGUUCUGCGCAGGGAUGACGCUGGAGGAAGCGGCACGGAGCUGUCUGUUGCGCUUUCGCCACAGACUGGAGCAAGACAUCAAGCCCACGUACCUGAUGGAUCACAUGAUCAGUGAUGGAGUGAUAAGUGUUGAGGAGGAGGAGAAGAUUAGGACUCAGCCCACCAGAAAGGAUCAGGCUGUUGCUUUGCUAGAGCUGCUCCUUAAGAAAGACAACCAUGCCUACAUCUCCUUCUACAACUCCCUGGUCAAGGAGGCAUAUCACGACCUGGCCAAUAUGCUGUAUGAUGACCUGCCGCAGAUCUCUCCUAAUGCAAAUAAGAACUCCUCCGAUGACUGCACAUCUUAUGUUCAGAUGGUGCUAAGUGAAGGCGGUGUUCCACAGCGGCCUGUGGUGUUUGUCAGCCGUCCGGAGCUUUUGAACCGGGUCAGAGAGAAACUCUACAGGCUGAAGAAUGAGCCUGGCUGGGUCACUGUCUUUGGGAUGGCUGGCUCAGGCAAAUCUGUCCUGGCUGCGGAGGCUGUGCGACACCAUGGCGUCAUCGAAGACUGCUUUACCGGGGGUAUUCACUGGUUGUCCAUCGGCCAGUUGGAAAAACCAGACCUGCUGGUGAAGAUCCAGUCAUUGUGUUUCCGUCUGGAGCAGAACCUGGAUUCCCUCUCUCUCCACCGGCCACCCAACUCUCUAGAUGAAGCCAAGGAGCGUUUGCGCUUCCUCAUGCUGCGCAGAUAUCCAAGAUCUCUGCUGAUUCUAGAUGACAUUUGGGACAGUACAGUUCUGAAAGUGUUUGAUAUCCAAUGUCGGAUUCUUCUGACCACCAGAAAUAGAAGCCUUACUGAUUCAGUCAGUGGUGCCAAAUAUGAAGUAGAAGUGGAGAGUGGUCUGGAUGAAAACAAAGGACUGGAGAUACUGGCACUGUACACCAAAACUAAAAUCCAGGGACUUCCCAAGGAGGCUCGCAGCAUUGUCAGAGAAUGUAAAGGAUCCCCCCUGGUGGUGUCCUUGAUCGGGGCUCUGCUCAAGGAGAAACCAAACCGCUGGGACUAUUAUCUCCGCCAGCUACGGCAGAAGCAGUUCAAGCGCAUACGGAAGUCAUCUUCCUAUGACUAUGACGCCCUGGACCAGGCUAUGGCUGCAAGCAUUGAGGUCCUGCCUGAUGACCAUCGUGAGCUCUACAAGGAUCUCACUGUGCUGGAGAAGGACAUCAAAAUCCCUGCAAAGGUGCUGUCUGUUCUGUGGGACCUGGAGCCAGAGGAGGUGGAGGACAUCCUCGAGGAGUUUGUCAACAAGUCCCUGCUUUUUGUGGACAGUCACAAUAAACCCUUCCUGUAUUACCUCCACGACCUUCAGCUGGACUUCCUGGUGGAGCAGAACCGCACCCAACUUGAGAGCCUUCACAGUAAAGUGGUACAUCAGUAUCAGCAGCACUACAAAGAUGGUCCUCCCUUCUCAGGAGAUGAAGAAUGUCUUUACUGGAUCAGAUUUUUGACGUACCACAUGGCUAAAGCCAACCUCUCCCAGGAGCUCUACUCCCUCAUGUUUUCUCUGGACUGGGUGAGCACUAAGGCCCAGAUUAUGGGUCCAGCCCACCUCAUCAAUGACUAUGUGGAGUAUGGACCAAUUCUGGAUAAAGAGAACUGUGAGGUGCGCAGUCAGUUCCAGGAGUUCCUCUCUCUGAACGGGCACCAGCUGGAGCAGCGUCCUUUCCCUGACGUGGUGCAGCUCGCUCUGUCUCAGCCACCCACCUCUGAAGUUUACAGACAGGCUCUGCUGCAGGCACAGAAACGAACCAGCACUGGGAAACUCUACUUUCACUGGCUGAAUAAGAGCAGUGUAGAGAAUCUGUCCCUCCUGGUGAUCCACCCCCACCAGGGCUCCAUCUACUCUGCCUGCUUCUCUAAUAAUGGUGCCAAGAUUGCCACUUGUGGAGCCGGCAAGACACUCAAGGUGUUUAAAAGCACAUCAGGUGAGAAGCUCACAGAGAUCCAGGCCCAUGACGAUGAGGUGCUCUGCUGUGCCUUCUCCUCAGACGACAGUCUCCUUGCAACCUGCUCCAGUGACCGGAAAGUAAAGGUUUGGAAUGUGGAGCGUGCCAUGCUGCUGCGGGUCUUUGCAGAUGAGCAUGAAGAGCAGGUCAACCACUGCCAGUUUACAAACAUGAGGCGACAACUUCUCCUGGCCACCUGCUCCAACGACAAGUUCUUGAAUGUCAAGGUGUGGAACCUGAACAAGCCUUCCUCCCAGAACACCAUGUUUGGCCACUUCGAGCCAGUCAACCACUGUUGUUUCUCCCCCGAUGACACGUAUCUGUCCACUUCUUCCAAUGAUGGCACUGUUAAGCUGUUUCAGGUGUCGUCUGCAAACGAGUGGAAGACAAUCAAUGUGAGCAGCAUGUUUACAGAGGGCGAUGAUGUCGCCCUUGUCAAGUGUAGCACCUGGACUGCAGAUGGCAAACAAAUCAUUUGUGCGGCCAGGAAUGCCGUUUUGGUGUUUGAUGUGGAGACGUCAGACAUGUUGUUGGAGAUAAGAACGAACCGUCUCAGCACCGUGCAGUACUGUCACGCCUGUCCCACCAAUAACCUGCUGGCCAUUGCUUUCUCCAACUAUGCUGUGGAGCUGUGGGACCUGGAGGCGAAUAAAAAGAUGGCUGACUGCAGCGGACACCUUAGUUGGGUCCAUCGAGUUCAGUUCUCUUCUGAUGGCUCACAGCUGCUCUCCUGCUCUGAUGACCAGACCGUCAGAUUAUGGGAGACAAAGAAAGUUCAUACGACCUCUGCCGUGUGUCUGAAGAGAGACUCUGAUGUUCUCUUCAAUGAUGGAGAAAUCACAGUUUCAGCUGCUGACAAUUGCAACAGACUGCAGGUACGUGAUGGCAGGACGGGAUCUGUGCUGUUCCAGUCAGAGGAGAAGUCGUCCAGGAUCCGGUGUACCUGCAUGUGCAGACAGCUGUCUGCUUUGGCUCUAGGCCAAGAGGACGGCACUAUACAGGUGUUGGAGGUGCCCUCGGGGAAGCUCUUGGCCACUCUGCUGGGACACAAUAAGACGGUGCUGCACUGCCAAUUCGGCCAGAACGGCCAAACACUUAUCACAUCCUCUGAGGACACCACUAUUAGGGUGUGGAGGUGGCAGUCUGGGGAGAGUAGAGUACUUCAGGGUCACAAAGAGCAGGUCAGAUGCUUCUCUCUGCUCUCCAACACCAAACUGUUGUCCUGGUCCUACGAUGGUACUGUCAAGGUGUGGAGCAUAGAAAGUGGAGAGAAGCUGCAGGAUAUCGAGGCUCAUCUGGGAGCCAUUUUGUCCUGUCACGUCUCACCCGAUGGCUGCUUCUUCGUCACCACCUCUGCUGACAAGACUGCUAAGUUGUGGUGCUCUGAGAGCUGGCAGUGUGUCCACACAAUGAGCGGCCACCAGGACUGCGUCCGAAGCUGCCGAUUCUCCUGGGACAGCCGUCGCCUCGCCACUGGAGACGACAACGGAGAGAUCCGGCUGUGGAGUGUCAAAGACGGAUCUUUGCUGAAGAUUUGUUCACGGGACGGUAAAGACGCCCUGGACUCGCUCCAUGGAGGCUGGGUCACUGAUCUGCACUUCUCACCGGACAACUCCCUCCUGGUCUCGACCGGUGGCUACAUCAAGUGGUGGGAUGUGGAACAAGGUAAGGCCCUGCAGACCUUCUACCCAACAGGAAGUGCUUUAAAGAGGAUCCACGUGUCGCCUGACUUCUCCACCUUUGUCACCAUCGACAGCAUCGGUAUCCUCUACAUCCUGCAGAGGGUGGUAUGACCAUGACCACGGUGCUAAAUCGAAUGACAGGAAGCAAAAUGGUAAUGUCGAAACAAAAAGUGGACAUGUUUGGUCACUCAACAGCAGCACAAUAGCAGGCUAACUUCAGUUUCCCUUUUUAAACCAGCUGUGAAUUAAAAAUUAAUUGUUCUUAAUUAAUUGGGUUUCAAGGUAUUGAUGCUGGAAUUGAUGACUUUUUGGUUAAAGUAAUUCUUAUAUUAAAUGUGAUUUGCACAUUGUAACAAGGUUUUUUUUCUUUUGAUGGGGUUUUCACACAAAAGUUUCAUAAUGGAUUAAGUUGCUGCAACUUGAUUUAGCAAGCAAGCAUAAGGUCUGGCGUUGUGUUCUGAGCAUGUGCAAUUAGGGGUAUUAUGAAAACGUGUAUAAGGGGCGGGGCAGACGAUCGAUGUUUGAUUGAUGCAUCACAUCAUGGAAAAAAUGAUCUUUGUGUUGAUGUUUUGGGCCAAAAAAAACAAACUGCUUGCAAACCUAUAAAUCUAAUAAUGUAAAUGUUUUAGUUUUUUUUGUACAUAAACCGAGACAUAUUUCUUAUAAAAUAACAUUAACAAAACCCCAGCAGUCCCAUCGAUCACACGGGUCUGCAGACUCAUUUAUCGCAUUUAUCAAGACUGUGAUUAUUGCGUCAAUCAAAAUGUGAAUAAUUUGCCAUCAAGGCUGAACAUUAGUGCUGUUUGUAAUCAAUAUAAGCUACUGUGCACGUUUGCCGAUCCAUAAUAAUGUGUUUGACUGGUCUGUGCUGUGUUGUUUUUUAAAUUAAGUGUGUGUGUGUGUGUGUGCGCGUGUGCGCGUGUGUGCGUGUGGGUCAGUCUUUUGCAUGAGUACGACAAACUGUUCUGAGCCUUUUAAAUGUGCUGCAGCAUUCAGCCUGACUGGGAUUACUGCUGGUGAAAUACAGUUUUUACCUUCUCAUCCACCAGCAUGGACAGAACCUCUGGUGCACUUUUGAUAAGCAUUAAAAUUUGAUAGCAUGGUAAUGUUUUAAUGGCUGCUCAUUUAAAAUUUAACCUAAAAUGUUUUGUUUGUACUUUUGAAAUUUAGUCAAAGGUAAAUGUUUUUUAUGAAAGAAUUUUGCACUUGAUUUGUAAUUCACAUUUUACCCGUGAAAUAUAGCAGGCAUUCAUUUGUGCUCAAUAAACUGAAUUAUUAAGUACCUAUAAAACUCACCGUUAAAAUUUAAGAGUAAGUUAAACAAUUUUUCACGAAUCUUUUGAAAGUGUUGUUUCACGUUGAGACGAUUUAAAACACAAUAUGACUUUGAUUAGACAGCACGAUUGAGAUUUCUCUCACAUCGAUCACACCCGUUUAUUGCUGCGGUCAGAGCAAUAAGUGUACGACGACAGGACAACAAAUGGGCAUUUUCACACUGUGCUUUUAAAGCUGCUACAAAUUCAAGUCAGAGUUUCCUCUCUGUUACACUUAAUUGUUGAAAUAUCGAUGUCCACUUAGGAUGUAUUGAUGCCGUUUGUACAAUGUGCUCCAGUGUGAGUGUUAUUUAUAACAAAUUAAAUUACACAAUCUAUAACA